GAAUAUGUCGGCGGUGUAACAGCAGAAUCAAAACAAUUCACUAGUCCACAUGAUCACAAUGCGCAGAAGAUGCAUAACGCUGGUAUUGACAGUGAUCUAUCUACUGGGUGAAGAUGCCUUAGCCGAUCACGACAAUACAACCGAUUUAUCCGGUUGCAUCGAAGGAGAUGGAUAUCAGUUCGAUCAGCUUCAAUUCGCGGACGAUGACAAUACCACCUUCGAUUGGUUGACGCUCACGGGAACGCCGCAAUCGACGCUGAGUGCAGGAGUUCUCAGAUGCUUUCCCGAGCUGAAAGAACUCACCAUUACGAACAGUGAGCUCACAGCUAUCGAACAGGAUGCCUUCCAGAUAGUACCCCUGCUGUGGACGCUAAACAUCAGCAGAAACAUGUUGAGUACACUGCUGGAUGAUGGGAGACCAGUGUUCCGGGAAUUGCGUCAUCUACACCGGCUUGAUUUGAGCCACAAUCGAUUAGGUGUGCUUCAACCGAACGUUUUUCGUGGUUUGCGCAAUCUGACGGAGUUGAUCAUCGCGAAUAAUGACUUGAAAACGAUGCACACCAGGACAUUCGAUGGGCUCGUCAAUCUCAAAGCUCUGGAUAUGUCACAGAACAAAAUAGACUCUCUUCCGGGAGGAAUGUGGUUGCACAGCCGUCAAUUGAAGGCUCUGUCUUUGCGGGGAAAUGAAAUUAGAUAUUUGAGUUGUAGAACAUUCAGAGGCUUGAGAAGUUUAGAGGAGUUGGAUUUGAGUGAUAACAAGAUUUCGAGUUUACCGCUCAAUAUCCAAUCGCUGGCUCAACUAAGGGUAUUACUCCUCAACGGGAACAGUCUCGAAGUGCUCCCAGAUACGAUAUUCAAAUCUUUUGGUGGAUUGGAGUACUUGAACAUUGCUGAAAACAAACUGUCAAAACUUCAAGAAGCUAUGUUCAGUCCGCUGACACAAUUGAAAAUUCUCAAAGCCCAAGCCAACCGAAUUCGAACGAUUCCACCGAAGAUAUUCAAAUCCAACACGCUUCUGGAAGACAUCAGCUUUAGCAAUAAUCGAAUCAGCACAUUUCCGGAACGAGCAGUUGCCUUUUUGGACAAUUUAAAAACUUUAGAUCUAUCAAACAAUCGAUUAAGCUCCGAUUCCAGAUUUAGAACAUUUUCAAUAGAAUUCGCUAAAAACUGCAGUGUUAAUCUAUACCUUAAUGGAAAUCAAUUGGACAGACACAUUAUCCGUGGUAAUAUCAGCUUCCUGUCGUUGUCACACAACAAUCUGAUGGAAAUCGCACGGAGCACUUUCGAUCGUAGCCAAAAUCUUCGUAACAUUUAUUUGGAUCAUAACUCAAUCAAUUAUAUCGCGACGGGUGCUUUCUCUGAUGCUACACAACUUCAAGAGCUCACUCUCAGUAACAACCCGAUAAGACGGCUAGAACCAAACAUUUUCCAGUCCCUCGAAACGCUGAGAUUCCUAGGAUUAGACUACAUCGGUAUCGAUGACCUACCGGUCGGUUUGUUAGCUUCACAAAGCAAACUUGCCACACUCCGACUGGGACAUAACUUAUUGAAAAGACUCCCGGAAAACAUUUUCCGUGGGCUCAGAGAACUACAAUAUCUUGGUUUGGAAAACAACCAAAUUGGUAGCAUACCCGUCAAUUUAUUCUACAACAUGUCAUCUCUGCAGAAUUUAUAUCUUCACGACAACGAACUUGUUCAUUUGGAUGACGAUGUGUUCGAUGGUUUGGUUCAGUUGGAACUGCUGGCACUGCAUAAUAAUCGUAUCUGGGAGAUUAACGACCGUGUGUUCAAUAAAUUGCAGCAUCUAGAAAGAGUUGGUCUUCACAACAACAGUAUUCACACAAUUGCGUCAGGAGCGUUCCGGGGACUCACACUGCUGACGGUGAUACAUUUGUACGAUAACAUGAUCAGGGAACUCCCCGGAGAUAUUUUUGCAGAUAACUCAUUGCUGGAGGAGGUAGUCAUCAGAAAUAAUCUGAUAUCGGAGAUAUCGCGGAAUACGUUCAGUAACUUAACAAAAAUGAGAAUUUUGGAUCUGUCCAGGAACAGAAUUACUAAAAUUGAGCCUUUGUCGUUCCAACACUGUGAACAGCUGCAGGAACUGUGGCUUGGUGGCAAUAAGAUACGGGUAAUCAGUGCCACCGCGUUGGUUGGAAUAUCUAAACUGACAAUGCUGGACCUCAGCGGAAACAAACUGUCAACAAUAAAAAACGGAACUUUCCAGAGCUUAGGUUUGCUGAAAAGUUUGUAUCUAGGUAACAAUCAUCUGAAUGAAUUACAGGCGUCCCAUUUCAACCGUUUAGUUAGCCUGCAAGUUUUGUCAUUGUUUAACAACAACAUCAAAUCGCUACCCAAUGGACUGUUCGUCAACAACUGGCUCAUGGAGGAACUUUAUCUGGACGCGAAUCAAAUAUCGGAUCUUGCACCGAAAGCGUUCACCGGAUUGGAUAACUUGAGCAUAUUGUAUCUCUCCUGGAACAACAUAACCCAACUGCCCAGGGGUAUAUUCAACCCCCUCUUUUCACUCACCGAGUUGAAAUUGGAUGGGAAUCACCUGAGCGAAAUUCAAGCCGCUCUCUUGUUACACCAAACUUGGCUAGAGUUCCUGUCACUUUCAGACAACCAAUUAUCCUCGCUACCGGACGACCUGCUAGACAGUAGUAAGCAGCUCAAAAUCCUUGAACUCUUCAACAAUCAGCUCGAGCAAAUUUCGGACAAUCUUCUUACCCCCGUUGGGGACUUGGAAGAGCUUUACCUUGAGAACAACUGCAUCAAGGAGCUUCCGGAGCACGUUUUCGCUAAGAAUUCUCGGAUCAAAACCCUAAACGUUGCUGGCAAUGGGUUAUCCUCGUUCGACAUCUCGAGAACACCUUUCUACGAAGGCAUUCAAGUGUUUGAUGUUCAGCUCAAUCGACUUGAAAUCAUUCAAAUCCCCCGAAAUUUGAUCAAACUCUUCGCUCAGAAUAACGCCAUAAACACGGUUUUCAUAGAGCAGGCACCGCAUCAUAGCAUGGAAAUCCUAAACCUAGCGGGCAACAACCUCACUCGGAUGGAUAAAAUUUUUAAACUAAACCGUUUAACGACGCUGAAUCUAGCCGGGAACGAUUUCGUGGUUUUGGAUAUGGGUCGUUUGCACAAACUACCAAAUUUGGUCAGCUUCAACAUAUCGGCUGCAGGGAUUCGAGUUCUUAGCGGAAGACUUCGUAAACCGCACACAGCACUCGUCGCGCUCGAUUUGUCCGGCAACCGAAUUCCCAAAAUUCGAAAUUCGACAAUUGGGAUGUUUUUUCCCGCCUUACGACAACUGGAGGUGAAAGGGAAUCCUUUUGUGGAUGAAGAUGAUUGAGUCAUAAUUUGGAACUGCUUGGAAGGGCAAAAGCUUUGUGAGAAAAGACAGAGAUAAUUAUAUGAUAUUGUAACGUAUUUAAUAUAAUAUUGCUUUUAUCUAAAAUAUUUCAAAUUAUAUAUACAGCGCAGACUAGAUUAUAUUCAGUUCUCGAUUGCUUUUCACUGUAUAUAAUCGAGUCAAAAAAAUAUUUUUUUUUAUUUGUUUUUCGUACACAUAUUUUUCGUUUUUUUUUUUAUUAUAAAAGAAGAAUUUAAUUUUUGGUUCAUCCCCUUAAAGUCAUAGAACACUUUUUUCAUAUGAAAAAUCCUAAUUAUUUCAGGAGAUGAUAGAGGAUCAUAUUUGAUGAUAAAAAUCCUUCUACGCAUAUUUCGUUCUCGCAAUAGCCAAUUAACUUGCACUUUAACGUUGAUCCAUUUAAUUUUCAGUUGAAAUAAGUCAUAUUUGAAAUAUAAAAAAAAAACUCGAUCUGUAUAUAAUCGAGUCUAAAAAUGUAUAUUAUAUAACAUAUAACAUAUUAUUAUAUUCACAUAUAAUCGAAUCAUAUAUAAUCGAGUCUGUAUAUAAUCGAGUCCGACCUGUAAUAAGGAACCAAACAAUAAAACCGUAUCUUGAUAUUAAUCAUCAACAAUAAUCAUUGCAAACAGAAAUUAUUGGAUUUUAACGAAUAUCUCAAAGAAUGUCUUAUUCAUCGUGAACUUAUUUCUUUUGUCUUAUUUCAUCGUGAACAGGCACUUCAGUAUCCUGAUUAUUCAAUCAAGAAGCGGUAAAUAUUAGUUUUGGAGAUAUGUAUUAGAUAUGUGUUGGUUACUGAACAAGAAGGUAAAAUUUAACUCCUAUCAACCCCUCACUCGUAUGAUUUGCUGCAUGGGUUUUAUUCACUCCAACACAGAUCACAAACACAAGAAACACAAGAAUACAAAACAAAAUAGCACGGAAGUGAUAGGAGAAAGGAAGACAAAACAAGAAAUCAUAAGAAACAUAAAGGAAGAUGAAGGAUAGAAGGUUUAUAGAAGUAGAGUUGGAAGGAAUACGGCCAUUGGAACGGUCGAGAAAUUAAUGUCCAGUAAAAUAUUAUUGAAUUGUAAUAAAUUGUAAAUAAAGUUGAACUGUGAAAUGUAAA